AUGGCAUCGUACGAAGAGUCUGUGUUCAAGGCAAAGUUAAGCGAAAAGGCAGAAAGAUUUGAACAGAUGGUGGAGUGCAUGAAAGAGGCGGUGAAACAGUCAGCAUCGUCAAAAAACAAAAUAGGAAUAGAGGAAAGAAAUAUGCUUUCAGUUGCAUACAAGAACCAAGUGGGCGUAAGAAGGACGUCGUGGAGAAUCCUGAGCAAGUCUCUGCAGGAGGCCAAGCUGGCAGACCCGCAGAACAGCCAGCACAUUGAGAUAAUCCUCGGAUACAUAAAAGCAGUGGAAGAAGAGCUGAACUACAUCUGCGACGAUUUGCUAUCUUUGCUCGACACAUAUUUAGUUGAAGAUGAGGCAAAAGAUGCGCAAGUGUUUUUUUUGAAAAUGAAGGGAGACUAUCUCAGAUACAAAGCAGAAAUAGCAGGAGAAGAGUACCUGGCAGAAGUGUCGCAGCAGGCACACGAUGCGUACCAGCAGGCGAUGGACAUUGCAAACGCGCAUCUGAUACCCACAAACCCUACGAGACUCGGGCUCUAUCUGAACUACUCCGUUUUUUGCUUUGAAAUACUGAAUGAAAGAAGCAGAGCAAUGGAGAUGGGAAAAAGAGCGUUUGAUGAAGCGAUUUCAGAGCUGGACAGCCUUGCAGAGGACAGCUACAAAUACUCCACCCUUAUCAUGCAGCUGCUCAGAGACAAUCUGUCCCUGUGGGCAACAGAGUACACUGAAGAUGCUGCGUACUAG